GAAGCUGACUUCCCUUGUAUUUUUCUUGGGCGUGUUAUUUUGAGGAGCCACAUGCAUUUGGAGGCUGAAGGAAAAGAAUGGAGAAAAAAACAGGGGCUCUCUGGGUCAAGCUACAACAGCAAUGUCGAUCAUAUGCAGUACCUUUUUUUUAAUCUCAUUUCUCAUCUAUAUGUAUUCAUGGUGAAUUUGGGCGCCUAGUUUACAGGCAAUUUUAUAAAUGGACAGUUCUUUUCGCACGUGUGGGGAAAAAUUUGUAAACCCACUUCCAUGAAACUGUACAAAUUGUACUGCUGUCAUGAGUAUAUAUAUAUAGUUCUAAGGUGCAUCAGAGCUACCAUGCUCAACUGCCCAGAGCCCACUUCACUUUUUGCCCCAGUUCUUUGUUGGAUUCCUUCCAUGGCUGCCUCCAUCCUGAUUAUACCUCUCUUCAUAUUUUUCAUAUAUAAGAUUUAUGGGUUCUUAAGUCCUAGGCAUAUGAAGCAGAUUAUGCAAAGCCAAGGAGUACAAGGACCCAAUCCAAAGUUUCUGCUUGGAAAUCUUCUUGAUAUCAAGAAGAUUGUUGAGAAGACUUUGACGCAGCACAAAUCUGCUGCAAUUCACCAGUUGGAACACCGUUUCUUCCCCUACUUUGUUGAAUGGAAGAAAACAUAUGGGAAGAGUUUUGUGUACUGGCUUGGAAUUGAGGCAGUGUUGUAUGUACAAGAGCCAGAGCUUAUACAGGAGAUAAGUUCAUCUGGCUCUUUCAACUGGGGGAGACCAGGCUUCCUGAAAACUGACAGAUUUCCUCUUUUUGGCAAUGGGCUUAUCAUGGCAGAAGAUCAAGAUUGGUUUCACCAACGUCGGAUUGUUGGUCAUGCUCUUACAGCUGAAAAUAUGAAGGGAUUGCUUGGCUUAGUGAUGGACGCCUCUCUGCCCAUUUUAGAUGACUGGGUAUUGAGAGUAAUGAAGGGUGGCCAAAGUGGUGUAGAAAUUGAAGUUGAUGGAGAACUGAAUAGGAUCACUGGCCAUGUUAUCUCCAAAUUAUUAUUUGGCAGUAGCUAUAGGAAAGGCUUUGAGAUACUUGAUCAGCUCAAAGCUCUUCAACAUGCCUUAUUCAAAGCAACCAGAUUUGUAGGUGUCCCCGGAAGCAGGUUUAUACCUUGGGGUGGAAACAAAGAUGUUUGGAGGUUGGGUAAGAAGGCUAAUUUGUUAAUCUUGCAAAUCAUCAAUGCACGCCUGGAAUGUAACACCAAAGGAUUGGGUGAUGAUUUGCUGGGGGUCAUGUUGCUAGAACUCAAUCAGCUCAAGGGGUUAACUCUGCAAGAUAUCGUGGAUGAAUGCAAAACUCUGUUGAUAGCAGGACAGGAGACAACCAAGCUGUCCUUAACCUGGACACUAAUGUUAUUAGCUCUGAACCCUCAUUGGCAAGACAGAGUUAGAGCUGAGGUCCUGGAGAUCACCAAAGGAGUUCAACCAGACAACAACAUGCUCUCCAAAAUGAAAGUUAUGACAAUGGUUAUUAAUGAAUCCAUGAGGCUGUAUCCUCCAGUGUCUUACACUGUCAGACAAGCCAAGCAAGACAUGAAGAUGGGAAAUCUAAAGAUUCCCAAAGGGAUGUCUAUGUUAAUAAACAUAUUGGGAAUGCAUCAAGAUCCUCAGCUUUGGGGAAGACAGGAUGUGUACGAGUUCGAUCCAAAACGAUUCUCUAAUGUAGAGAAUAUCAAGAAAAACAACGGAUAUAUUCCAUUUGGAUUUGGAGGGAGAAUUUGUCCAGGGGAGAAAGUGGCCCGCUUGGAGCAGAAGGCAAUACUAAGCCUGAUAGUAUCCAAAUUCUCAUUCACAGUGUCUCCAAAUUAUGUUCACUCUCCAAAAUCUUUAUUGAGCAUUAUGCCUUCCAAUGGAAUGCAGCUCAUUUUUUCCUUGCUGUAGAGCACCUGCAAGACAAUGUUAUACCCCUUAAUAUAAUUUGCAGUGCUAUUUCUAACCAGUCAUUGGAUAGCCUAAUUGAGGCUUAUAUUUAGAAAACUCUUCUUAAGGCCUUACAUUUGUAGCCACUGACAUAGGCUAAUUUUGGACCAUCAAUGUCAUUAUAACCUUUUAAGUCA